AUGCCACGUGAGUCUGUACGAUCUUCUCUUGUGCUACUAUAUUCCUCUCUGCCUCAGUUUGUCUUGGAUCCUCCUCCCGGUUUUCUUAUUUUCUCUUCUUUUGUCUCCCUCCGAAAUGUAGCAAAGAUCACACAUGAGACGACUCACAGAGUAGGUUGCUUUGCACUCUGCAGCUCUGGGCGCAGGGGCAUGCUCUUCCCCUGUUCUCUCCGGCGAACAUUACAUCUAAUGACGUUACGCGGCUCAACACGACACUGCUGUCCGCUGAUUAUAACAAACAUCUUUGCUACAGGCGAUCCGACGAGAUGA